UCUUGCUAAGGACUUAGACACCACUAUCCCGUACACAACAUUUUGUAGUCCUCGUUGACUUUUUCUACACCUGACUUUUUUUUUGGAGGGGGGAUUAUUAGGUGGAAGGUAAGAGUGGAAGACCUCAUGUUUGCCGGUUUUGACGUUGCAAAGUUUUGGAAUAAGAAUUAUGGUGCAUGACUUUGUAGCCUGCAUGACCAUGGGAUUCUGACUGUCCCGGGUGCAGAGUGUUGAAUGAGGGGUCUGGCUGGGAAGUGAGUGCAGGGGUGACCGGCGGACUGAAGGACGGGUGGGCUUUGUGCUCGCCUGCUGUGACAGGGUCUGCAGCUCUCGACCAGCAGCCCUCAUGCCACUCAUCAACAACAAAGUGGGUGACGAUGGCACUACCAGUUCACCAAAGACUCUGGAAGAGGGGAAGGUUCUUAUCGACUCACUCAUAAAGGUGGUGGCAUGUUACCGCCACCUGGCCUCGUGUGUGGGUGGGUGCACGGACAGCUUGCACCUGCGUGACGAGCUGCGGCUAACGCGGGAGAAGGCCCAGAAGUUAGCGGUGGCCAGCCGUCACCACCUCACGGCACGGCUACGGGAUAAGACACUGCCCCAGGAGGAGAGACAGGAGAUGGAACUGCUCUGGGUGGCCUUCACCUCCAGUCUGGAACUCCUCCACGCAGACAUGUGCAAAGUCUUCAACAUGGGUUCCAACUUCUCCCUGAUCAAUAACAACACCUUAGUGCAGACUGGCAUACAAGGGGAAACCAGCGAGGUGACAGCGCGGGCCCUCAGCCUGGCAGACCUGACCCGCGCCGAGGACCAGGUUCCUGCCAUCCUGGAGGAUCUGGAGCAGAGCCAGCUGGAGGAGGAGAUCGCCCAUGUGGAUGUCAUGCUGGAGGACAUGGAGGAGAAGGUCAACGUCCUGCGUUGGAUGGUGGAGGCCCGCGGGCCCCAGUACGUCGAACCGGCCAGCACGGACAGCGCCUCGUUGGGCCUCUUGUCCACGGACGAGGAGGCAGGUCCCCAAAGCCAGCAGUGCUGCGGGCGCAGCCAGGUUUUCAUGGUGCUGGUGCUGUGCAGCGUGGCAGUGGUGAUGGUCGUGCUGUCCGUCUGCGUGGUCUAUCUCUCAUGAGGAGGCUUGUCACCAGUGGAUUUCACCCAGGUUACGUUGAGCCGCUAAAAGCAGUAGGACCUUAUGUUGCCAUAAAUUCCCUCCUCAUGUCAAUUGAUAUCCGAAAAUAUGGUUGUUGGAAGAAAGUGGUGUUGUUGAAAGGGCGGGGUACUUUACAUAUUUCUUUAUUUGAAUAAAGAGCCACAUUUAGAAUGUAUACACUCCAGAUGACACAGUUUGACGCUCCCAUUUCUGUUAGAAAGUCAAUAUCAAACACAUUCAAAAAUAGUUAGAUGCCCUAUGCAAUGUAGUUUAGCUAAUGUUAAUGUAUUGUAGUGGAAUGAAUUUGAACCAUUUUUGCUCUUUACUAAUGUAUGCUGACUACUGUAUAUGAUAUUAAGGUUAAUGAAUUUCUAUUGAAAUGCAUUGGACAUAAUCUGUUUAUACAACUUGACAGUGGUUGACAAAGUACACCCACCACAUUUAGGUCCAUGUUGUCAUUGACACUGAAGGUGUUUGUGCUGCCAGAUUACAAUGAAGAUCUUCGCACAUGAGUGCAAUGUGUGGGAGCAUAUCAGUUUGCUGACCUCUUGUGAAUAUUACAUUCUAAUGAAGAAUUUCAUGUGAAUAUUCUCAAUAUUGUGGCUUCCGUGUCACUUCAACCAAUAGGUUAGCUUAUUGCAUUACUGAUAUUGUAUCCAGGCUUUCGCAAUACAGUAAUUAUUGCAGGAAUAUGUGUAGUACUUGUGGAGUAUUCUGUUUAUAUUCUGUCUUCAGAGUCCUCCCUAACCCAAAUACCAUAAACCUGACCCGGGUCUGGAACAGGUUCUACAAUAAAUCAAAUGGAACAUGUGUUGCUGUGUCCCCAGCUUCAGAUUCAGGCUAGCAGUUGUGCCAGCAAUGCAAGCAAACAGGGAGACUUUUCCACUCAAGGCACAUGAAAAAUACAAACAUUGUAAGUGACAUACAGUAGCUGAGAAUGUGUUUCCUAAACACAGUGGACGGCCUGUGCACAAUUUCAUAUAUUACCAAGGAUACACAUAUAUUACCAAGGAUACACAUAUAUUACCAAGGAUACACAUAUAUUACCAAGGAUACACAGGGCCGGACUACCACAUUUGGGGCACAGAGGCACUGACCCGAUUUUUUGUGUUGACAUAUUUUUCAGUUUUAUAGCUAAUGCUAUUGUAGAUAUUUUGUCAAGAGAAA